AUGACAAGAAGACCAACAAACAUCCUCAGGCAAGCAACGCGAUCGCAGGGUUAUGGCUUUUAACGGCACCUGGGAAGUUUAUUCUGAGGAAAACCUUGAGGAUUUCCUUAAAGCAGUUGGUGCUCCUGAAAUGGUUGUGAAAAUGCGCACAAACAUCAAACCGGUGAUAGUGGUCGAGCAGAAAGGCAAAGACUUCACCUACAUCCUGAAAAUGGCCGGAUGCACCCAAGUCAACUCCUUCACCAUUGGACAGGAGACGGAGAUGACGGCUGUGGACGGCAGGAAGUUCAAGUGCACCGUCAGAGAAGAGAAUGGGAAGCUGGUGGCUGAGAGUGCAAAGUUCACCUCCGUUCGAGAGAUCCAAGGAGAAGAAAUGGUGGAGACCAUCACCGCAGGCUCUGUGACUUUCACGAGCAAGAGCAGACGAGUCUGACCAGCGUUUGGCAGCUCACACAUUGCCCUCAGACCUUCUUGGCUGCGAACGAGGGGCCAUCUGGAAACCACAAAUAAGUCAAAAUACAUUUAUGAAUAAAGCUGGAUGUUUGAA